AUGGCCUACCCUCACUUAACGUACACUACCGCGCGCGCACUCACCUAUUCUUACAUCCAUAUCCCACCCCAAUUCCCCAACACUCAAUACAUUCUCUUCCUACACGGCUUCCCCUCCACCUCGCACGACUGGCGUCAUCAGAUCUCCUUCUUCGUAGCAAAGGGUUAUGGAAUCCUAGCUCCGGACUUACUUGGGUUCGGCGGAACGUCGAAGCCGAGUGAGUUAGAGAUGUAUAAGGGUGAAGGUAUGGCGAGGGACAUUGUUGAGAUCAUGGUCUUAGAGGGCGUUAGAGUGGUGGUGGGCGUGGCACAUGAUUGGGGAUCUUUCCUUUUGUCACGCCUAGCGAACUAUCAUCCAGAGCGCUUUUCGGCCUAUGUCUUCAUCGACCACGGAUAUAGUGCUCCUGGCCGUAGCCUCACUACUGCGGUGAUACAACAUAUCAAUAGCUCGGUGCAAGCCAAGCUUGGUUUUUCGAUCUUUGGGUAUUUCCUAUUUUUUAACGAAGAGGAUGCUCCGAAGCUCCUAAAUGAACAUUCCGAAUCCGUGGAAUCGCUCUUCUUCGCCAACGACAACGAGAUCAACAAGAAAUACAAGGGCGCCCCAGGCGGUUUGCGCACUUGGUUAACCGAGGGCAAGAUUGUUGAUUUGCCGGCCUAUCUGACAUCAGAAGUAAAAUUUCUAGCUGUAGUACAUGGGGUUUUCAAAUUAGCUUACAUAGAACAGGACCAUAAACAUUAUCAACACGCCUUCUCCGUCGAAAAUGGUGGCUAUGGCCCUGCGAUCAACUGGUAUAGGGCUAAUCUGCGUAAUAUCAAUGAAGAAGAUGAAAAGAAAAUUCCCACGCCCGCUCACACCUUAACACACCCAACCUUGCUAAUCGCCUCUACCGGUUACAUCAUCACUGUCACGGCCAAUUUUCCGGAGCAGAUGCGGCCACUCGUCCCUGAUCUCAAAGUUGAGAAUGUGAAUGGUGGGCAUUGGCUGCAGUUAGAGAAGGCGGAUGAAGUCAAUAAGAUUCUGGAGGAGUUUAUGGAAGAGAAGCGACUAGUUUAA